UUCCCUCAAUUGUCAGGUUAAUCCAAAGAGUAACCUGGUUACCAGUAAACAACUUCAUCUCUACAUAUGUUUAUCGUGCAUAUCGAGGAGGAAACAUUGACAUGUAUUUAUUUGUUCAAUUAAUCAUAACAUCAUUAUCUCAACUGUUUUAGAUUUUUAGUAUAUAUUAAAGUGAUAUUUAUGUUGUUGUCAUUUAUAUGAGUAUCUGAAUGUUGAAAGUGCCAUCUAAAUUGUUAUUAUUGGUUAAAAAGUGCUCUUCAUAUAAUAUGCUUCAAGAUUUCUACAAUACCAAUCGUUCAUGGCAUUUAACCAAUCUCGGACGAAGCUGGCAAAACAACAGCUUUGCUCGCAAUCAAGUGCCUGAUAGGAAUCAAAGCUCUAUUAGAGGAGCUCGAAAUGGAAACAAUUGCAAUGGAAAUGUUGAAUUUUCUAUUAUGUCCUACAAUAUUCUAUCUCAAGACUUGUUAGAACAACAUAUUCAACUUUAUCAUGGUUGUCCUCGAAGUGCUCUAGACUGGCAUUCUCGGCGACAAAGAUUAGCCCGAGAAAUACAUGAAUCCAAUCCAGAUAUUAUCUGCCUUCAAGAAGUUAAUUCAAACCAUCAUGCACACUUCUACAAACCAUUUCUCAACAAUCAAGGAUAUGUUGGCUUUUAUAAAAAAAGAACUGGAUCUAAAUAUGAUGGUUGUGCCCUUUAUUAUAAAACAUCCAAGUUUACUUUAUUGGACCAUCUAGAAAUUGAAUUUUGCCGCCGUGAUCUAACUCACCUUUUAGAUCGAGAUAAUGUAGCAAUAAUCGGGGUCCUCAAACCAUCUCAAUUGAGUAACAAUCAGUCUGUUUCAAGUCGAUUAAUUGUAGCCACUACUCAUCUUCUCUUCAAUCCAGCUCGUGGUGAUAUCAAGUUGGCGCAGAUCAGGUUGCUUUUGGCUGAGCUAGAUAGAUUGAUCAAUCAAUUGAGCCCUGCCGAACAAAAUCAAUGUAAUGUUAUUCUUUGUGGGGACAUGAACUCUCAACCUGACUCACCAUUUUAUAAGUUCAUCACUGAAGGUUACUUGAAUACUUCGGGAUAUUUCUCUGGAGACAUCUCUGGACAGGAUUUGAAGCAAGGCCGUCCUUGUCGUCCUUGUGAUCUUAAUCUAACUGGUAUCAAUCGUUCAACACAAUUUGUUGAGAUCGAUAAAAGUAUCGAUUCCGUAAAGAACGACAAUAAUUGGAGGAGCUCAAAUAAAAAAAGUGAUAAAAGGGACGAAAAUGGUAUCAAGCAACUUAGACGAGAAGAUUUUCUCUGGGAGGAAAAAAAUGACAAAGAUGAAGUUAAUGAGUCGUCUUCCAUAUCUCAUAAUUUCAAAUUUUCAUCAGUCUAUCCAACACAAGAUAAUUUUAACUUACCAUUAGUCACUACUCACCAUGAAAAGGGUUCUUGUAUGGUUGAUUACAUCUUUUAUACCAAAUCAAGCAAUCUGAAACUUUUAGGUUAUCAAAGAUUAUUGAACAGUAACCAGAUAGAUAGAAUAGGAUUCCUUCCAAACAAUUUUCUUGGUUCCGACCAUUUGUCUCUCCAUGCAAAAUUUUUGCUAAAAAAUAAAGCCAAAGUCCAUAACCAUUAGUAACAUAUUUGACCAGCAACCAUUGUUCAAUUUAGUCAAGUUUCCACUGACUUAAAUGAUUAACGAACCUAGAUUUCACCUCAUUUUCUUAAAACAUGAUUCAGCUAACAGAAUCACUGCAAUCUGCUUGACCAAGAGAAAUAAAAACAAACAUUAUUUUUCUGGUUGACCCUUUUAUAUGAAUACAAUGUAUUACAAUUGUAAAACACUGUAAUAUAAUCAAACAUUUUGUACAUAUUAACAAUAAAACAUUGAUGAAUAAAAAAUAAGUGUCCAAGUGUUAUUAA